AUGGAUUUUAAACGCACACCAAGCGUAGAUUCGCUAGGAACCGCCCAUUCAGUGUACAGCUCUAAGACUCCUACAAGAUCAAGAUCAAACAUCGGAUCAAGAACUAGCAUAUCGGUAUUGCCUAGCUUGCCAACAAAUGUUUCGAAUGAAAGUAUUGAAGAAGAUUUACAUAACCACUCCAAUAUAGACGAGAAACUCGAGCGUGAGGCAACUCCAGAAACCAGUUAUGUGGAAUUUGACCUACUGUCAAUGGACCAGAAAAAUAGCAGGAACGAUUCCAAUUUCUUAUCAGAGAAGAUAAUAUCGCCAAAUACUCAUAGAACCGAUAUCAGUGAUGUCGAAGCUGAUAAAGAUGAGGUAUCGGAUGUUGCAAAGAAACCCGAGGAUGCUGAAAAUGACUUCUUUGACAUGAAAACAUCUGACUGGAAAUCAAUGAAAACAAUUACAGAGCAAGAUUAUUAUAAUGACAAAGGUGAAUUAGAAUAUAAACAUGCAAAUGAAUUCGAUCCAUCGAAGAUCAAAUUUGAUGCUCACGGGUACACGAAGAUUGAUACAGAAGAACAGGUUACCAAAUAUGCUGAGCUAGAUAAGAAAACAGAUUUCUUGUUUCAAAGCAGGAGGGAAAUAAAUAAGAAGACAGAAGCGGCAGCAUAUCGUAAAGAAGACUUAGAUUAUGCAUCAGACGAAGAUAACUCUGAAUAUGAGGACGAUGAUAACUUGGAUUCCAACGAAACCUUACAAACAAUGAGAAACAUGUUGACAGAUGGACAAAAGUUUGCAUAUGUCGGUACCACUAAACUAAUAGCAAUCGAUAUGGCAACUGAGUUGGCAAAAAUUAAACAAUCGACUUCUAACAAAGUAGCGAAAGAACUAAGUUUAGGUCAGCGGAACUUUGCAAAUUGGACGAUGUAUAUAACGUCCAAGUUAUAUGAGCAUAUGAACUUAAGUAAAGAUGAACAAAAUAUGAUUGAAAAUCUAAGCAAACACGGUGUUGAAGUUACUGACUUAUGCAGUAGUUUGAACCAAAGAGAAAUUAUCAAACCUUCCAAGCAGAAUCAAACUCAAGAGAAUGAGACAGACGAUUCGAUGAAAGAAAUAAAGGGAAAAACUGAUAAUAAUGAGGUUGCUGUCGAUCUAAGAUGGACAAUAAUAUGUGACUUAUUGCUAUUAUUGUUAAGCGAUGGUUAUUAUGAUAGUAGAUCCCGGUCAUUAUUAGUUCAGUUUGCAGAGAAAAUGAGUAUUUCACAUUUAGAAAUCCUUCAAUUCGAACGUCGUUUAAUCGAGAGUUUAGAAAUUGAUACAAAUAAUAAAUCUAUUGAAAAUAAGGACGAGAAAUUAAAUGAUAGAGAGUUCAUAGAUAAAUACAAGAAGAAGAACAAGAAAAAGAGAUAUGUUUAUAUUGGGUUAGCCACAUUAGGUGGAUCUCUUGCGAUUGGCCUUUCAGCUGGAUUAUUGGCGCCAGUCAUUGGGUUGGGUAUUGCAGGAGGUUUAACAACAGUUGGUAUCUCAGGUACUAGUGGGUUCUUAGCUGGAGUUGGUGGAAGUGCUAUUAUCACGACAGGAGGGAUUGUGACGGGUGCUAAAGUCGGGUCAAAAGCGGGUGCAAGAAGAUUAGGCGAUGUUAAUACAUUUGAACUUAAACCGUUAUACAAUACAAAGAGAACAAAUUUGAUUAUCACAGUUAGUGGGUGGAUGAAUGGUAAGAUGGAUGACGUAAGGUUGCCUUUCUCAACAGUCGAUCCUGUCAUGGGUGAUAUGUUUUCCCUUCUAUGGGAGCCUGAAAUGUUACAGUCUAUGGGUCAAACUAUUGGUAUAUUGGCUACUGAAGCUUUAAGUACCUCUAUCCAGCAAAUUCUAGGAGCAACAGUGUUGUCGGCAUUAAUGGCUGCAAUCCAAGUGCCUAUGGUUUUAUCUAAAUUGACGUACUUACUUGAUAAUCCUUGGAGUGUAUCGUUGGACAGGGCUUGGAAAGGUGGAAAGAUAUUGGCAGACACUUUGAUAUCUGGUAAUAUGGGUGUGAGACCUAUAACUCUAGUAGGUUUCUCAUUAGGUGCACGUUUGAUUUAUUCAUGUUUAAUUGAAUUAGCUAAACGUGGUGGAUAUGGAUUGAUUGAAAACGUAAUUAUAUUAGGCUGUCCAAUCACAAUUAAGAAUGAUCAACUUGGACUAGCUAGAUCUGUCGUUAGUGGAAGAUUUGUUAACGGCUUUUCAAAAAGAGAUUGGAUCCUAGGCUAUUUAUUUAGGGCUACUGGAGGCGGUAUCCUGUCAGUUGCGGGCUUAUCGCCAAUCGAGAGUGUAUACGGUAUAGAAAACAUCGAUUGCACAGAUAUUGUGGAAGGACAUAUGGCAUAUAGAAAAGCUAUGCCCAAGAUUUUAAAAGCAGUUAACUGGGAAAUAUUGAGCGAAGAGUUCGCCGAAAUUGAAGAACCCGAUCCAGAACAACACGAAAGAGAAAGAAAGUUGGUCGAUGAAUUCGACGAAGCAAGGGCUAAGAUGAAGGAAGAAAUGGAUACAGAAGCAAACAAGAAGAAGACUUGGAAGAAUUUCUUCAAGCCAAACCAAAAGGACUGGUGGAAUGUAUACAGUGAAGGUAAAUCUAAAGGUUCAGAUGCAAAUGAACCAUAUGCCGAUCCGUCCGCAGAACUGAACCAGCCUCAUACUCAGACCAAUAAUCCAAUCUUCGAUGUUACUGCUUUACUUGAGGAGGCAAACAAUAUUGAACGUCUUGCUGAUAAUGAUCCAGAGACUUUAAAGACUAUGAGGAAGGAAGUCGAUACUAGCGCAAAGCAUACAAAGCUCAAUGAGGAAGUCGAAGAAGAGGAAAAAUCGACAAGCAUAGUGAAUUCAUUAGCUAAUAAAUUCGGUGUCAAACAAGAUGCUGAUCCUGGUACCAAAGACUAA